AUGGUGACACAGAUCCGUGGCUUGGGAUUGUUUGCCCGUGAAGCUGCUUCAGCAGAUGGAGGCCAAGCAGCUUCUUCAGACCGAUCUGUGGUCACAGGAGCAUUGGAACCCUCAGUCAUGAUGAGCCCUGAACGAAAGCGUCCCUAUGACAUGGACCAAACCGAGACUUCUCUUGUCAAUUUCUCAGACGGAGAGCUAGAUGACUCAGCACUUCAUACCCCCAAGAAGAGUAAAUCGGAUGAACCAUCUGAACCUCCAGCUCCCAUCCCAGAUUUGCCCAGAGUUUCAGAAGACAUGCUUGAUUUAGGUGGUGGUGUUACAAUAAAUGCAAGUGACUACUUUAAAUUCAGACGUACUAAUGCAAACCGAUAUAUCAACGAUCUCCUGAGAUAUUUCUUUCCAUUGGAAGUGUUAGCCUCAUCCUCUCUUACUGGUGGAGAGUGUUUUGCUAAUAAAGACAAAGGCCCAUCAAAUAAGAAUCAGCUAGACCCAUGCAUCAUUCGGGUCAUCACACAUGAUGCAAUCCGGAAUUUCCCCAAUAUUGAUGAGAAGCAAGUGAGGAAUGCGAUUCGUCGCAAAUUGAACACUGAGUCAAGGAUCUUUCGCAGUCAGGAGAAAUUUGGUGGGCCUGGAAAAAGAAAUGGGGCUCAGCGACGUAGAAGCCGCUUUUCAGAGUCUCCUAGAGCACUGGUUUCCAUAGAGAGGUCAGACCGUGAGAAGGACAAAGGUCCUGCUAUGGUCACCCCAAAUGUUACUGUUGAAAAGGCACCGUCCAAGGAAGCUCGUCGAUCCUCAUACUCAUCCCCAGGAGGACAGAUUCAGCAAGGGUCGGAAAAAGAUGGGAAGAGAGAUGGGGAACCAUCUUAUUUCAACAGGCAGGAAAAAUCCACACCAAGAGUUAGUGACCAACACCAGCCCUCAAACAACUCUGCCACCCCGACCCCCGUUGCUACCCCAAGCCUUCCAUCUUCAUCCUCUUCACCUGUGACCACCAGUGACAAGACAUUUAAGCUGUGCCAUGAGAACCUGGUAAAGGCAGAGCUGCCCAGCGCCGCCCAGUACUUGCCUCAAGAGUAUUCAUACCCUGCAGUGAUGCCACCUCAUGUCAGUCAGGCCUAUUUACCACACCACAUGGCAGCUGCUGACCCAACAUAUUUGCGAAGAUUGGAAAUGACUCAGGGGGCUCCACAUCCUGCUGCACUCUCUUAUACGUAUCCACACACAACCUUACCAACCUCUGAGUCUAUGGAACCUAGCCUUCACAUGUAAUAUUAUUUGAUAUAGUGCAGCAUCCAGUGCAAAUGUAGAUGUAAUACUUGCUUUGUGGAAGAGAGUCCUUUGUAAUUUUUUUUCCUGUUUCUUUUUUCUGUUAAUUCUAUAUCAGUGCAUUGCAUUGUUAGGAAAAUGAUCUGAUAAUUCAACAUUAUUUUUAUUACUACUACUACCACUAUUGCUUUUCUCUUUAUUUUUUUUUUAUUUUUUUUUUUUUUUUUAAUUCAAGUAAAGAGGAUAGGAAAUGUUAGGUUUAGUGUGUGAAAGGACCAGAGUAUAAAAAAUAAAAGUUAUAUAUAUGUGUACACAUACAUACAUACACAUGUGCAUACAUACAUACACAUGUGCAUACAUACAUACACAUGCAUACAUACAUACACAUAUGCAUACAUACAUACA